CCUCACCAGACUGGUUACAGACGUGUUUCAUUCCCUGUGUCUCCACUGUCACACUUGCUGCUGCUCCUUCACCCCUGGACAUGAGGACAUGGUUUCCCGACCGUCUGGUCCUGGUCCUCACCCUUGCCACUAUCGUACUGUGGCUGGGUUCAACCUCAGCCCAAGGAUACAACUCCACGGCAGUUAAAUCUGGACGGUGUCCACGGAGACUGGUGGUAGCAGUGUCAAAGCGUGGAUGCAAGUGUGAUGAAGACUGCCCUGGCCCGGACAAGUGCUGCGUGUAUGAUUGUGGUGCAGUCUGUGUGCCUCCAGCAUUCAGUAAGCCUGGGAUCUGUCCUCGAAGACAUAGAGGAGUUGGAGUAUGUGCUGAAUAUUGUACAGAUGACAGUGACUGCCCAGAUGAUGAGAAAUGCUGCAGCAAUGGGUGUGGACACACAUGUACCACUCCUCAACAAGUGAAACCAGGAAGGUGCUCCUUGCCCCGAGGAACUAAGAUGUGCGCUGAGUUCUGCCAACAUGAUGGAGACUGUCCAGAGGAGCAGAAAUGUUGUAAAACUACCUGUGGGCAUGCCUGUACUGAGCCCUGUUAAAGCCCACCACACAUAUUUGCAUGCCUCAUCAAUGUUGUUAAGAGGUUUCUUUGUGCCAUAUUCUAGCCAUUAAUGCCAGAUUACUAAUCUGUCACUGCGCUUUUAAAUUCUAUUACUGCUCUUCUACAACUCUGCUAGUGCCCAAUUAUUGCUAUGUUUGUGUGGCCUGUUAUUGCCCUGUGGUCCAAUUGUACUGUCUGUUUUCCAGCAGGACCCUAUUAAAACUAUAAGUGCCUCCCCAUUUUGUUAGUACCCCAUGAUUACAUUGAAUAAUACCUGCUGGAGUCCUGUUAGGCUCUCUCUCGAGUCCUACUAGAGUGCUGCUGUAAAUCUGGUGGAGAUCUACUGAAGUCAGUAAAGGAUCUCACUAAUCCAUCUGUAAUGCCACCAGAUCAUAGCCUCCUCCUGGAGCACUGACCCAACUCAACAACCUCAUCCCAUUGUUGGAUGUUCACAACCGAGGCAAGUUUCUGCUUCAUAGAACAGAGACUGCUGACAGACAUGGAUAUAUCUGGAACUGUUUAAACAAAAGUAUUAAAUCUUUUAUUUGCA